AUGACAAAACGGAAAAACCAACAAGGAGCCUCCAACACAUCGUCCGACUCAUUGAACCAUCAUCAUCAUGAUCCAACAAACCCAAAUGAAAUCAUCGUCAUUAACAACAAGUAUCAAUUUAGAAAAUCGGAUACGUUGGGGAGAGGAGGUUAUGGAGUUGUGUAUAAAGGAUUUAGAUCGAGUUUUGGAGAUAUGGUGGCCAUAAAAGAGAUUCCUCUCAAAAAGCAUCAAGCCCUCAAAGAUAUUCAAAAUGAAAUUAAUUUAUUAUCGAAACUUGAUCAUGAACGAAUUGUGAAAUAUAUUGAUCAUCAUUCGACGUCCCAAGCGUUUUACAUAAUCAUGGAAUAUUUAGAAAAUGGUAGCUUGGCAUCGCUUGUGAAAAAAUACAAGGUUACAGAGGAUGUAGUUUCAUCAUAUAUUAAACAGGUACUCGAGGGACUUGUGUAUUUACACAAACAAGGUUUUAUUCACAGAGAUAUUAAAGGUGAUAAUGUGUUGCUGACACGAGGUGGCGCUGUAAAAUUGGCAGAUUUUGGUGUUUCUGCUUCGUUGUCACUUAUAAGAAAAGAAGAUGUUUCAGGAACACCACAUUGGAUGGCUCCUGAAGCGAUCUCACAAUCUGGAGUCAGCGAGAAGAGCGAUAUUUGGUCUGUUGGAUGUCUCACUAUUGAACUUUUAACAGGAUUUCCACCUUAUUACACAGAAAAUAUUUAUAGAGCCAUGUUUCGAAUUGUAAAUGACGAUCAUCCUCCAAUUCCUUCAUGUUCAUCAGCAGCAGAGAAUUUUUUAAUGUUAUGCUUCAAAAAGGAACCCAAAUUUAGACCAACCGCUCAAACAUUAUUGAGUCAUCCAUGGAUUGCCAAAAAACAAGAACAGGAAAAAGAACAUCCAGUUCCUUCUUUCAUUAAUAGAGCAAGUUUUGAUAGUGACUUUUCGUUUGACAGUUGGUCUUCCCUUCCCUCAAAGGAAAAGAAAAUGUCAACCAUGAAAACAGAGACCAACCAAAAAGUAAAUUUGGAAAAUUUUAAAGAAGGAUCUUCUGAUGACGAUAUUGACUUUGAAAUUAACACACCGAACCUUGAGGAUGGAUUGGAGUUGAAACCUCAUUUGCUCAAGAGCGAGAGUAAUUCUUCUCAAACCUUUGAAAGCUGGGAUGACAUUGAUUUUAAGGUGGACAAGGUAGCAGAAAUACAAACAAUAUUAGAUGAACACAUUUCAAGAUUAUCUCCAAAUAGCACAUCAGAUGACAUCUUAAAAACAUGUACAGACAUAACAAAACUCAAAUCUAUGGUCGACAACGACGAUUUUAUUGCUGCUCUCAACAGGACUUUAUCAAAAAGAAGUUUAAUUUCAGUGUUACAAAUUUUAGACAAGACUGAAUUUUUGGAAGAUGAAACUGUGAUUACACAUGUUCUACAGUUAUUGAACGAACUAUUGUUCAUGAUUGAAUCACAAUAUAAGGAACAAUUAUGCCUCAUUGGUGCGUUUCCAAAAGUUACAAAACUGAGCUCAACUUCCUUUAGCGCCCAAUUAAGGUAUGAAUCUAUUCGAUUUUUACACAACAUGUGUAUUGAAAACAAGACAAAUCUGAGAAUGUUUAUUGCAAGUGAAGGUGUGAAAACUCUUGUGAAAUUUUUGAACACCAAAAAAACACAAGAUUCCACAAGAUUUCUUCCCAAAAUGUCUUUCAGCUGUAGUAUUGAUUCACUCGAUAACAUUCAAAUCAAGACCGUAUUUCAAUCGAUUGACUUGAUCGAAAUGGUUCUAAAACUUCAAACUUCUCAAACAGACAGAAACGAUUUUUGUAGACUUUUCUCCAUGCAUGAUUUUCUGGGAAAGAUUGCUGCUGUGUUCACCAACUUGUUGGAGGACUUUAGAGAUGUAGAGGCUUAUUUAGGAAUUGCUCCUCUUUCUAUUUCCUCCCCUUCUUUCAAAACAGUUGUGCUUUCCAAACAAUUUUUAUCUCAAAAAAGUGCAGACAGAGAUGAAGAAAACACUUUUGCAACUGUUAAGGUCAUACCAAAAAACAGUGGCCACGAUGUCAAAAAGGAACAGCAAGCAACAAGUAGCUCUGAGGACGAAGAUUCUUCAGAUGAUGAUUGGGAUUCAUCUAGCUCAUCUAGUGAUGAAAUGAAAUUUAACACUGUCAUUUAUGGAGGAGAUGAAACCUCUUCUUCGGAUGAUGAAAAUACCAGCUUACCAACUACAGUAAUUAUCAAACAAAAUUCCAAAAAUGUCAACUAUUCAGAGGAGAGAAAGAAUUUAAACCUACUCAAAACCUACAUUGAUAAGAUCAUCUCCAUGUUAUUAAUGUUUUCUGAUGGUGACAGCGAAAUCCACGUUGCUUUUUCAAACAAGACUGUCAUUGAUAAUUUGGUGGCUUCAUUUAAAUACUUGAACGACUCCCAAAAGAGUCAAGUAAUUACAUCUCUAAGAUUUUUAGCUUUUAAUACCAAUACUCACGAAUUAUUAACCUCUACAAAUAUCCUUAAUGCUCUUGUGAGGGAAUUUUCACUGGUUGUAUAUCGAUCGGACGUUAAAGUGCUGGAAAGUGUGAAUUCUAAAAUUUAUAACCAAGUUGUGAACAGCUUGUAUUCACUUUGUGUGUUUAACGAGCAGAGACUUGACGAAAUUUCACUUCAUGGAUGUAUUAAGCUUUUGAGCCAUGCUGUCAUGUCUCAAUUACCACUCAAAGAAAUGGUGUUAAGGUUACUCUUUGGUAUGGCUGUUAGAAAUUGCAGUAAUGAAACAAAAAAGAGAUUAUUGGAAGAGGAAGGUCUUGAAGCAUAUUUCUUUAUUUUAAGACAUGAUAAGGCAUGGGUUGCAGAUGUCUUCUCUGCCCUUAGUUCACUUUUAUAUAAUGAGUCCAUCAAAUCCGAUGUAGAGGAUUCCAUUUCCAAUCAUUUGGACAUUUUUGUUCAACUCUUUGAAGUUUCAAAAGAUUUACUAUUGACCAUUGAAUCCACGGUUCCAGGAUUUGUGACAUUGUUGAAACUCUCUGAUAAUAUUACGAGUGUAUGCAAACAAAAUUUAGACCUUAUUAAGAAUUUAUGUCAAAGUCUCUCGGCUGUGGUUCAAAAUUAUUCAUCCUCAUUGGAUGAAGAUACAGAUCUAUCUCCAUUACUCAGAAACUUUUUGUAUAGUUUAUCCUUAUUGCUGCCUGAAAAUAAUGCCGUGACACAACAUGUGAUUGAUAUUGCCUCUCGUUCCUUGUCAGAAUUGCUCCAAUAUGCGCAAAACAAGAAUCUCUAUGUCAUUCAGGAACAAAUUGCUCCUCUUCUACAAUCUGUGAAAACUCAAAAAAAGAAAUAG